CUCCACAAGGCACAAGGACUAGAAAUAGAAUGUUUGGUCGUUAAAUUCCGGUCAUUAUUUGAGUAAAAUAACUGUUAACCGACGAUCAAGAUCACUUGUCAACUCCCCUAUAAUGUACUUCAUGUAUAGUAUAUGGAGCAGACCAAGGAUGAUCUGUUCUGAAAUUUAGAGGCUAUCUCCAUGGAACAGUUCUUUCGUGGCUUUCAGAGAGAAGGAAAUUUGGAUCUUUACUGAUGAACUUGCCCUAGUUUUUGCAUCCAUAUGACUUAACUUUAAAAAGUAAUUCAUUGUGGUGAAAGAACCCUCACAAUAAAUAAGAAAAAGCACACUUGUAAGAAUCAGCCAUGGCUGCCAGUAGUGAUGCUACUGUGGGUGUGUCACCUUACCGUUCAGCCCUUCAUGAAAUAGGCAAUAAUCUGGACGAUAAGGAAUUGAAAAGCAUAAAAUUCUUAUGCAUGGAUUUUUUGCCUAAAUCUCUGAGAGAAACUGCAGAUGCUUGUGAUAUUAUUGAGGCCCUUGAAACCCAAGGGAAAAUUUCUGAGGAAAACCCCACUUUUUUGCUGUCACUUCUCACCAAACUUAAAAGAGAGGACUUGAAGAAGAUGUUUCUUCAUGAAAUAAACCCUGGUGGUGGUCAAUCUCCUGAUCAGAACAUACAUCAAGUUGGCAAUCCACUGCCGACCUUUGACCCUUCCAGUCCACAAGGACUUCUGAUGACUCCAGGUCAUUUUCCUCCCACUUCCCCACAAGUUAAAUCUGAGCGUCCUAAGACUCUAAGAAGUCAUUCUAGUGGGUCAUCUUCUGCUGGCCAAAGUAGAGCAAUCUUCAAAGUUGAUGGUUCUCCUAUCUCAACUGCUAGAGAUGGUCAGUCAACGCAAGACAGGUCAUUUGCAAGAUCAACCAGCCUUCAGAAUAACCCUUCCGGGCAAUCCUUGCAUGAGGCUGCUUCUCCCAAAGUCCGAGCAUCUUUAUUUGAGGAAGAUACAUAUGCUGGGUCUGCCCAAUUUUCAUCACAACAUAGUGGUACAUCUGGUAGCCCAGGAUCUGGCUUUGAAAGUGCCAAGAAACAAAAUACUGGCAAUUUGGUCCAGGGAAGCACCCGAAGCAGUGUCAACAGGAUGAUGAGGAAUAUGUCUCUGCAGGAGUCAGACCAAUCAAUGAAAGCAAGUAAAAGUCCUGGAUUUCCAGAUAAUGAUGAUAUCGAGACCGACUCACCCAUGCCAGUUGGACCAAGAAGCCCACCAUCACAGUCAGGCACUGGCCAGGGUAGAGGUUCAGCAACUCCAUCCAGAGUGACCCCGGGGACAGGUGCCCAAAGCAGAAGCAAUCCACGUGAGAUGUUAUCUUCUCAGCAGAGUCUGGGAUCAACGGCUUGGGAUUUUUUGAUUCAGUCCCCCAACAGAAAUCAACCAGUGCGAGAGAGCAGACAACCGGUUGGGAUUUCUUCUUCACACCAAGGUCAGGGCUCUACAUCUGGGCCUUUGUUGGAUCUGUCAACAGAUUCACCCAGUGGUACAGGAAGGGCAAGAGAGGCAAGGAAUCCACAGGGCACAUCCUCCCCACAUCAUCAGUCAGCAUCUAGGCCCUUGUUAGAUCGGUCUGAUGGCAUUAAUCCUCAGGCAAGGCAGGAGAGGCCCCCACCUGAAAUGGCCCCGGAAGACCAAGUCCGUCGUAUGAAUCAGCUGUUUGAUCAGCAAGAUGCAAGGGAAGAAGCCAGGGCUAUUGGUCGAAGACAACCUACUCUGAGGGGAUACCAGAGAGAGCUGGCAGAAAGGCCUCUUCAGGCCUUCGAAAAUCACAUCAUCUGCGCUCCUACAGGCAGUGGGAAGACCCUGACAGCAGCCUACAUCUGCUACGAGUACAGGACCUGGUUUGAGGCCAAUGUUCCCGACAAGCACUUCAAGGCUCUUUUCAUUGUCAACAUGCGUCAUCUGACAGUGCAGCAGAGGAAUGCAUUCCGUUGGUACUUCCCCAACAAGCAGGAUGUGCAGACCAUUGGAGAGCAGCAGUCCUUUGAGGAUGCUCUGAAGCUUGACGAAGCCAAGCCAGCAGUUCUGAUGCUGACAGCACAGAUCCUCGUCAAUGCCAUGAAGUCCGACAAAAUUGAUAUCAAAGAUCUGGACAUGCUUAUCUUUGACGAGUGUCACCACACUGAUCUAAAACAUCCAUACAACGAGAUCAUGAAGAAGUACCUAAAACAGAAGCAGAGGCUCCGCAGGCCGCAGCGAGUUGGAGUCUCAGGACCGCGCCUUCCUUUCAUCAUUGGUCUGAGUGCUUCUCUGGGUGUUGGGAAUGAGGCACUCAGCCAUCUCCUGACCCUCUGUGGUAACAUGGACUGUAAGGGGGUUGUCCGGGUUCUAAAGAAUUUGGAAGAGUUGGAGGAGCAUGUUAAUAGCCCAGAUCAGGAUACAAUAGAAAUUGUCUCUACCAGAGUUCCCAACGAUAAGCAGUUCGCUAAUCUGCUGGAGGCUUUGAUGACCCAAAUUGAGGACCAGCUUCCGGAUAUUGAAGAGCAUCCAUUACCAUCUCAUGGAUGCCAGAUCUAUGAAGCUGAAGCUAUGAGGCGUCUUACAGAUGCCCAGAAGCUGGGAGAUCGCACUGCCAUCAUCGUUUACAUGUACCUGUAUGAGUACAAUCGUGCCAUGAUGAUCUAUGAUGACCUUAGGGUCACUGAUGGCCUCUCCCAUUUGGAGAAGUUCCACGAUCGUCGACUAAUGACUGCCCAUGACAGUGGUCCUGUCGAGGAGCACUGUCAUAAGCUCUUUGAUUUGAACCUCGCAGAGAUGAAAAGACUGGGCCGUGCGGAGGAUGAACACAGCAAUGAGAAGCUUGGAAAACUGGCAUUACUUCUGCAUGGCAUCUUCACAGAAAAACCAGAGUCAAAAGGAAUUGUUCUUGUGAGAAUGAAGGUAGCUACGACAGCUGUGGCCGACUUCAUCAAAAAGUCCACACUCCUGAGAGCACUACCUUGCAGAGUCAUCCCACAGCGGUUUGUUGGACAGGGAGACAUAGAAGAUGGAUGCUUGACAGAAGCUCAACAGAAGGCAGUCCUUGAGAGUUUCAAACGUGAGGAUGGAUGCAAUGUGCUUGUUGCGACGGACAUUGCCCAGGAAGGGCUGGACAUGCCAGCCUGUAACUUUGUCAUCCGCUACAACUUUGUCAGCAAUGAGAUCGGCACGGUGCAAUCCAAGGGAAGAGCCAGGGCGGAGGGCAGCCAGUGUUUCCUCAUCGUUGAAAGUGGAUCACUAAAUCAGAAGAGAGAAUAUGACAACCGUAAUAAAGUUAAGAAGAUGAUCGAGGCUAUGGAAGAACUGGAGGCGAUGACUGAGGAUCAAAGACUCGACAGGAUCCAGGAGAGACAAAAUGAGAUAUUGGAAGAGAUACGGUUAGCAGAGGAAAAGGCAGAACUGCAUCAAUCCAUGACCAACCUUGACAGAAUCACAGUUCACUGCAAGGAGUGCUCUGCCGUCGUCUGCAAGGCAUCAGAGCUCAGACGGAAAGGUGAUGCUGGUCACGUGAGUUGCAUUAGUCCGGAGUUUAAGAGAUGGGUGAAGGAGAUAAAAUACAGCAGACCGCAGCGCUUCCGAGACAGCGAGACAGUUGGUCUCAUAAAAUGCGGCACUUUGGACUGUGGAAACCAGUUUGGCACCAUGCAGAAUUUCCUGAACCUGCACCCCCCAGAGGGAUAUGCCCUGAAAGCGCAGAGCUUCAAGAUCCACCAUGAGAUGGGCGGCGUCAAGACCCCCAAAAUGUGGAAGAAGGCAGGUUUUACGAUCAAACAAGAAAAAAAAGAUUAAAGGUGAAGCCAACAUCCGUUUCGGAAUGGCAUUUCAGAGUCAGGCCAUACCAAAUUAUUCCUAAGAAUAAGAUCUAGUUUAAGUUCAAGUACAUGAAGACUUCAGCAUUUACAACAUUUUGGAGUGAUUAUAUAUCAUUUGAACAUUGAAAGAUCGGUGGUUGCAGUUCAGUGUACCGAUUGCAGAGAAUAAGGAUUGAAGAUGUCUCUGAUGUAAAUAGAAAAUGAAAGCAUAAAGUGCAUCAGUCUAACUCCAAAGUUGGAGUAAACAUGUAGCAAGUUCAUUUCUAUCAGCAUAGACUUUUGCAUUAUAUGACAAAAUACAGUUGUCCAGCUGUCAUUGUUAAGAAAAUCUGG